AUGGCAGUGAACAAAAGACAGGGUGCCGAAAAUGGUGGGUGGUCUCCUCCGCCGCCUGGAGUGUUCAAGGUGAAUGUUGAUGGGGCGACUUCAGUGGAUGGGAGAAACUCUAGUGUCGGGGCUGUCAUCUGGGACUCUUGUGGUACGGUCAUUGCUGCUUGCUGCAAGUAUUUCCAAGGCCAUUUUUCAGUUGUUGAAGCAGAAGCUCUUGCUGUGGAGUGUGGAAUCUUACUAGCCCGUGAUAUGAAGAUACCUCAAGUUAUCAUUGAAUCUGAUGCAGCAUCCAUUGUUAGUGAUAUUAAUGACAAGGUUGUGGAUGGUUAUCUUGGCCAUUUGUUCCAAGGAAUUUCUGCUUUGUUGAGUUCUUUCUCAAGUUGGAGAAUCAAACAUGUGAAAGGGGAGUACAACAGAGUGGCCCAUGAGUUAGCCCAUAUAGCUAGAGAUAGUGAAUCUAAUCACAUGUGGGUGGGAGUUCCUCCUCCUGCGCUGUUAGAGUUGAUUCAGGCUGACUGUACAGGGUAG